UUGGUUUAUUCAUUCAUUCAUCAUUUUCUUCUACUCUUUUAUAAUUAUAUCCCUCUCUUUCAAAUUUCUUUCAUUUUCUUUUCUGCUUUUCUCCAACCUUCAACCCUAACAGCAAUUAAGCAAAACCAUAUUAAGGCUUAAUUAACCUGCCAAUUCCUUUCCUCCGUCCAUGGGCACCUGCUUCUCUUCUCAAAUUCCACUACUGUCUGAAUCUGCGCCGUCCCCAACUGCUCAAGUUGUUUCCCUCAACGGUGAUCUCCACAAAUAUAACCUCCCUGUGUUCGUCUCUCAGGUUCUCCAGGCCGAAGCUUCUUCUUCUUCUUCUUCUGUGCCUUCCUCUGCCAUCUUCCUUUGCAACUCUGAUCGCUUGUAUUACGACGAUUACAUUCCGGCCUUGGAUUUCGACCACCAGCUUCAAGCCAAUCAAAUAUACUUCGUGCUUCCCAUUUCCAAGCUUCGGCAGCGCUUGUCCUCCAGGGAUAUGGCCGCUUUAGCGGUCAAAGCCAGCGUUGCUAUCCAAAAUGCCUCUAAAAACGAUUCUCAUCGCCGCAAGCAGGCCCGGAUUUCUCCUGUUUUGAUCGUAGCCCAAUCUGUUUCUGUUCCAGUUGCUGACAAAGGUCACGACGCACCUACAGCGGCAGCCUCCGGCACCAAGUCCUUCGCCGAGCCUCAGCCUCGCCCUGGGUUUUCAAGAUCUGCUUCCAUCCGAAAAUUACAGAAAUACACCUCUAGACGAGCCAAGUUGGCCGUUCGUUCUUUUAAGCUAAGGUUGUCCACUAUUUACGAAGGGUCUGUUUUGUAAACGGUACAAAGAUGAGCCCCAAAAACCUUGUCCAAAAGGACGGAUUUUUGUAACAAUAUAUAUAUAUAUAUAUAUGUAUGUACAUAUAUAUGCAAACUUUUCCUGUACAGAAACUGAGAUGAGAUGAGAGUGUCAUUUUGUUAAAUUUGAGGUUCAAUUAAUGCCGUAUUAAUUAAUUUUUCAGGUUCUUCUACUUUAACUUCUUUUCCUCGCUCUGUUGAAAUUAAUUAUCAAUUUUCCCAACUGACAAAUAUAUACUAAUGUUCUUGAUUUUUUAUGUUAAUCGUUGUUUCCGUUCC